AUGUUAAAUUCAAUGGAAGGAUUAUGCGGACUGAAAAGUUUGGUCGAGUUGCAUCUCCAAGGAAAUCAUUUUUCUGGCCCUCUUCCAGAAUGUAUUGGCAACUUGACCAACCUCCAAUUUCUUGAUCUGUCAUUCAAUCAGUUGAGUGGAAACAUUCAAUCUAUUGUUUCUGAACUCACAUCCCUCAAGUAUUUGUUUCUUCAUGGCAAUGAGUUUGAAGGCUCAUUCUCAUUUAGCGCUUUGGCCAACCACUCAAAACUUGAAGCAUUUAUACUCUCUCCUGGAAAUAGCAGGCUAGAAGUGGAAACAGAAAAUCCAACAUGGUUUCCCGCAUUUCAACUCAAGUACAUUCGAUUAUCAAAUUGCAGCUUAAACGUGAGAACUAGAGCUAUUCCUAGCUUUCUUCAUUACCAGUAUGACAUACGCUUUAUUGAUCUUUCUCAUAAUACGUUGGUUGGAACGUUCCCCACUUGGAUCUUACAAAAUAAUUCCAAGUUAGUAGUUAUGAAUUUGAGAAACAACUCAUUCACAGGAACAUUUCAGCUGCCCAAUUUCAAGCAUGAUCUCGUUCAGUUAGAUAUUUCGAGCAAUAAUCUCACUGGUAUGCUGCCGAAGGAGUUUGGAGAGGUCCUCCCAAGACUGGAAUAUAUAAACAUGUCGAGGAAUAAUUUCGGUGGUAAUGUUCCUUCUUCAAUCAGUGAGACGACAUCACUAUCUAUUUUGGAUUUAUCCCAUAAUAAUUUCUCGGGAGAAUUGCCAAGAAGUCUGUUCGCAAAUUGUACCAUGAAUUGUGCACUGAUUCUAUCAAACAACAAUUUUCAAGGGAACGUUUUUCCUCAGGGUAUGAACUUGAGAAGCAUGACGGCAUUGGAUAUGAAAAACAACAACUUCAGUGCGAUGAAUAGCCGCAGCCGAUCAAGCCUCAGUUUUUUUGACAUAUCCAAUAACAAGGUAUCCGGUCCAAUUCCCAGACUUCUAUGUAAUCUGACCUAUCUUGUCUUUUUAGAUCUCUCAAAAAAUAGGUUGUAUGGAUUUAUGCCUUCCUGCUUCGAUUCUUCAUUAUUGCGCUUUCUGUUUUUACAAAAGAACAAUCUAAGUGGACCCAUACCCCAUGAGCUUCUCAGAAGUCCUAAUUUAGGGGCACUUGAUCUGAGGGAUAACAAUUUUUCUGGAAAUAUUCCAUCUUGGAUCGGUCAGUUCUCUGAAUUGCAUGUGCUUUCAUUGGGAGGGAAUGCAUUACACGGCCGUAUUCCUAAUCAGUUGUGUGAAUUAAGAAAUGCGAAUAUAAUGGAUCUUUCACGCAACUUACUUUUUGGUUCCGUACCUGCAUGCUUUAGUAACAUUUCUUUUGGCAAUAAUAUAUCAUUUGGGAUGAUGGAAGUAUUUGAUAUUCCAUAUUUUAUGGGUUUCAAUCCGAGUACUCUCGAUGAAAUCGCUCUUAAUCUCCAUUUGCCAUGGCUAGAUUGGGAUCCUUCAGAAAUUGUGGAAGUGGAAUUUGCAACGAAAUAUAGAUACAACUCCUACAAGGGUGAUAUUAUCAACUCAAUGGCAGGAAUAGAUCUAUCAUGCAAUGAGUUAAGUGGCAGCAUUCCUCAAGAAAUUGGAGACCUGCAUCAAAUUCGAUCAUUGAAUUUGUCUCACAAUCAUAUAACAGGAUCUAUACCAGUCAGUUUUUCAAAUCUAAGGAGUUUAGAGAGCUUAGAUCUUGGCAACAAUAAUUUGAGUGGUGAAAUCCCGAGUGAACUAGUUGCGCUGACCUUCUUGGAAACUUUCAAUGUUUCAUACAACAAUUUAUCAGGUAGGGUUCCUGAUGGAGCGCAAUUUGGAACUUUCGAUGAAAACAAUUACAGAGGUAAUCCUGGUCUCUGUGGAGAACGCAUUCAUAAGAGCUGCAAAAGUGAUGAAGCUCCACAAACACCGCCACCAUCUGCUGAUGUAGAAGAGGAAGAUGAAGGGGGUAUUGAUAUGGUGUGGUUCUAUUGGAGUUUUAGUGGAGCCUAUGUCACAAUCCUAUUGGUGUUGGCAGCAAUCCUCCGCAUCAACAGGUAUUGGCGCAUGUUGUGGUUUUAUUAUGUUGAUGUUUGUAUUUAUUCAAUUUCCAUUUGGGUUUGUCGGAACUGAUUUCAAGCAAUAGUCUGACGGAAAGACACAUUGUAAUACAAUAUAUAUAUAUAUUUGGUUUUAAUGUUGAUGUUGCCCU